AAAAACUUGAAGCUCUAAAAGAAGAACUCCAAUCAAGUUCCAAUAAUCUCUUAUCGGAUCACUCUGCUAACAAUCUGUCUUUGGAAUUAACUAAGCACAUCUUCGGGGAGGUGUCCGAAAGACUUUUAGCCCAUGAAUCAACAAUUAAAGAUGAUGUUGAAAAUUUCUUGCAAGUUGGUUUGCCCGGAAAAUUCUUAACGAAGAAAGCAAUCCCAAGAUCAAUCAAUACACUAGUGAAUAACAAGCUUAAAGAGAUUAAGAAAAAAAUCAAAGACAUAGAAGCAGUUCUCAUUGCGGAAAUUGCCAACGUGUGGAUUCUCGGCGCAAAGUCUAGUAUCAAAAGUAUGGUUGAAAAAUCUCGGGGAAAAGCCGCGUACAAUUAUGUCGAAAGGUUCUCGUCCGUUUUUGGAAUUGGAGAAAAAGUUCGUCGAGCUUCACGACAGAUAGAGCAUCUUGAUAUGUCGAAGAAACGUAUUCAGUGGCGUGCAAUGAAACAAUCGAAGCGAGAUGGGACAAUUUGGAAGCUUUUAGGGGAUAUAAGAACGUACAUAGCAAAGAAAACUGAUGGUGAACUUGUUGAAUUAAAUAAACUGAUGGUUCUCAACCAACCAUCCUGGCAAAUAAUAGUACCUAAACCUAGUACGGAUAGUGAAAUAAGUAAUAUGCGCGGUGUGGUGGAAGCUUAA